AUGCGGAGGGGCCUGGCUAGGAACAGCGCCGCGCCCCGCACGCCGAAGGCCCCGGAUGGGGAGGGGGGCGGGAGGGGAGGGGAGGACCGGGUAGAAAGGGUCGCCCCGACGGCAGCCUCCUCUGGGAGAGGAGCCGCCCGCCCCACCCCCCCAGCGCAGCGCUUCCAGCCCUGCUCUCCGCCCAGGCCUCCCCUGCUGGGCUGCCGGGCCCGCUGCCCUUCCCACCACCCGGCGAGCGGGGGAACCGUCCGUCCUCCUGGAGGAGGGCCCCGCGGGGUCUACGCCUGGGCCCCCCCCCCCUCCGUGGAGCAGGCCACACUACAGGACUUGAGCCAGCUCAUCGCUCAAAACUGCCCCUCCUUUGACAUCCACCCCAUGCACGUGUGUCUGCACCUGGCAGUCUUGCUUGGCUUUCCAUCCGGCGGCCCGGUAUGUGCCCCGGAGCAGGCGCGGAGGGCCCGCCUCCCUCCAAAGCCCCCUCCCCCUCUGCGGCCUGGCCUCCGCGGCGGUCAGAGGUUGGAAGUUGCUUUGAACAGCCCCCAUUCCCAGCGGUACCCACGGAAGCACCUGCUCAGCAGCCGGACAGGUGCGAAGCCGGAGGAGUUCACUCCCCAUGCCGCAGCGCUCCUGGCCCAGCACCUGGCGCGGCACCGGUUGCGGGAACCCCAGCUUUUAGAAGCCAUUGUUCACUUCCUGGUGGCCCAGGAAGCCCAGCUCCACAGCAAGGUGGAACAGAAGCAGCUCCUGCCCUUUGGGCGGCUGAACUACUUGCCAGGCAUCCCCUGCCUGGAGCGAAUCCUGGCUCGGGAGGCCGGGGCGGCGCCCUUAGCCACGGUCGGCACCUUGAUGUCCCUGUGCCAGCUCCGGUGCCUGCCCCCGCCAGCCCUGCACUCUGUCUUCUUAUAAACCCUCGUCAGCCGCGUCGCUGGUAUCGCACGCACCCCUCACCCCCUGAUGGUGCGCGGCUACCUCUCGCUGCUCGACACGGCCGUGGAGCUGGAGCUCCCGGGGUACCGAGGGCCCCGCCUUCCCCCGCGGCAGCGAGUGCCCAUCUUCCCGCAGCCGCUCGUCAGCGCCCGCCGCCGGUGCCCUCUCCCCGGGCACAAGGCCAUGGUGGCUGAGGGGCUGCGCCAGCUGCUAGGGGAGGAGACAUACCGCCAGGGCCUGACUGUGCCUCCGGGCUACCGCACAGACUUCCUGCUGUGUGGGGGCAGUUAGGGCGCCGUGCUUCCCGUCGGGACCCGGGACCCCUUCCUGCCGUACCCCCCACGAUCCAGCCCGCAGGGCCAGGCUUCCUCCAACCCCCCCACCGCCCACGACCCCGCCCAAAGGGCGGUGCUGGCGCUGCGUGAGCGGUGGCACUUCUGCCGCAACGGCAUCGUGCUGCUGGGGUCCCGGGCCCCGAGGGAGUGGCACCUGGGCCUCCUGGGCCCCCUGCCCUUCGAGGAGCUCGAGUCCCAGAGAGGCCUGCCCCAGCUCAAGCGCUACCUGAGGCAGAAGCUCCAGGCCUUCGGCCUCCACUGGGGCCCUGAGGGGGGAUGAGGGGUGGGCGCCUGGACUCUGAUCCGGUGUAUCCUUAAA